GGCAUCAUUCGAGACGAGGCGUCAUGCACGGACACUAAUUUUUUAUCUCGCACACCCAUUCGAUCUCCAGGAAAGUCGCGGCCCCUCUUGUAUAUCCGUUUCUGAACAACCUCUUUUCCCCGACUCUGGCCACCUGCCAUCUAUCCUGCGCUUGUCCCUCCACCUCGGCGAGUUCAACACGAGACGAUCGCGUACCACACAGUGUGACCAUGUCUUCGUCUUGCGUAGGCUUCCCAAAAUGGGAAUCACCAAGCACGAUCACCGAGGCCACUACAGGGGAGACACUAAACCUGACGCACGUAUUUAAUCGAUAUCCGGUGCUGACAACACUGCACUUUCAAGCUGUCCUUAUGCAGAGGAUAGGCGACACUGGGAACAUCCGAACCCCUAUUCUCAACUACACCAUUUUUUGGGAUCCCUCUACGCCCUUUGGACCGCCUUCUACCCAAGACUCGACAUCACCUGUCUGGGCACCGAUCAACAAGACCUGCUUGACCGCUGUAUAUUACAUUUGGCGAAUUCCGUCUGACGUGAUUAGCGACGACAGGUCCGCUCAGAUCUUUUUCGUUUCUUCGAGGUGGGACCUCACAUCGGACAACGACACAUUCAGUUCACCUGGCAGCCGGGAAAGCGAUGACUUCGUCAUACGGAAGCCGGCUGUGGCUGCACCCGUGCCGACCGACAAUUCAACCACUGUAGCGAACACCAGUACGAGUGAUGUAAGCCUCGGGUCGGAUGCAACGAGCACGCCGGGACAAAGCGACAGCACCAACCAACUGUCAACUGAUGCCGGCACAAUGAGCUUCGGCGGCCGUCUCGGUAUUGGAAUCGCGGUACCUUUGCUCGUGUGCAUGCUUUUCUUGGUAGGCUGGUGGCUGUGGCGACGACGAAGACUGCAGGCAGGGAUAUCGCCCCCGACCAUCACAAGCCCCGCGAGCACAAGCGAGCGAACACGAUUCGAGAAGGCCGAACUCGAUUCGCCGGCUGUGGAACAACUACAGGAGCUGGACGGAAAGCAUCUUGUCGAGGUAGACGGCCAUCGCCACGGCCAUGGCAGUUCAGCCUCUGGGAGAUGUACGUAUGAGUUGGACGCCUCACAAGUCCCGCUCUCGCCAUCUGUCCCGAAGCGGGGUAAUGUACGUUAGGGCUACCGGUUGAAGGGACAAAUGUUCGUGGGAUCUGUCUUGCAGAGCAAUACUCUGGAAUUGGGCCCUGCUACGGAAAGGCUGCUAUGCCUAAAAUCGUCACAUCACCGCGCAAUACAUGGAAAACGGGCUUGCGAAGGGAAAUAUCAAAGCUUUUUUUUUGUCUCCCAGUUUCACGACGCGACAGUCCGUCCGCAUCCAGAAGGGACGGGCGAAGUCACGAACCCUUGUGCAUUAGCCUCCAAUACUAUCUGUACCAUUUUACAAAGCUGACUUGCCCACAAAAGCUGUUCCCACACUGAAUGGCAUAACCAC